UCGGAUCAAUUGUUCGCCAUAAAAGCAUCAGUGGCUUGUGGAGUUUGACAGCGAGUUUGUUAUUCGAGUGCCAUCCCUAAUUUUCCCGAGUUCCGACAACGUUGGAUUUUGGAAUUGUUUGACGAACUUUCAGUGAAUGUCGAUACACAGUCAGUUAACAAUUAUUUGUUUAGAUAAUGGAAACGUCAGAGGAAAUAGAAAAUUCAGCCAUACUAAAAUGCUUUGCUACUUAUUCAACCAAAUUGAAUCAUUCCUAUGACAAAUAUGAGAGUAUAUAUAAAAUGAAUCGGGAUUUGAACCGUGAGAGCAAAAAAAUCAUCUGCACUCUGCACCGCAUCCCAGGAUGUGCAGUUGCAGAACAAGAGCUGUGCCUCAAAGAAUCUGAAGAGCAGCUCUCCAUGGUACAAGCUUCACUUAUAACGUCAAUAGCCAAACUUCUGGAUGGAGAAGCACUUCAUCAAUACAGUCCUGCUCAUGCUAGUGGAAUAGAAGAAUAUUUGGAAGCCCUACUUUUCUAUAGUUUUCUGAAGAAGAAUUUUAUUUUGAGCUUUGAGCAAGUAUGCUGCUUUAUGAAUGGAGAUGUCCCUCUGUCAUCCUUCUUUGAAAUCAGCUCAUAUGCAGCAGAGCCUCCUCAAGUAUUGAGUAGCAGUUCUGCAAAACCUGUUAGUUCUUGCACUCACUCCGCUGCAAAAAUGGUUUCUUUUGAUGCCUACAUUUUAGGAUUGAGUGAUGUCUCCGGGGAGCUCAUGAGGUAUUUUAUUAAGUGCGCCGGUGUUGGAGAAGUUGAGAAGAGUGCAUUGGUGGUACAAUGUCUGCGUCAGAUGAAUGCUGGUUACGGGUCAUUACAGGCUCCUGCCCCGUCAUUAAAGAAUAAAAUAGCAGUGCAUCGUCGGAAUCUUGCCAAGGUUGAAGAAAUAAAUUACAACCUCAAUUUACGGAGAUCAGAACUGCCACACUGUGGGACCAAUAUUCUACUGACGGAUUUUGAGGACGAUUUUGUAUGACUUCGCUUCUAUUCCUUAGAUUAUUUCACUUCCUACCUCUAGCUAUUGUGUUAUGGGAAUGACAUGAUUUUAUGGAAAUUUGAAGAAGAAUGUUGUGAAAAUGAUCUUGAUUAUGAGCAUUAUUAUUUUUAUUUUCUUAUAUUGCUUAUCCAAUUGUUACCCUAAUUACAAUGUUAUUUCACUUACUGAAUUAUAGUUAUCAGAUAAGUCCUGUUACACUUAAUUCCUUCUUUGAGAAGUAUGAUUCAGAGUUUUAGUAACUGAAUUGAUGGUACAAGAAGAAUAUAGUCGCAACUGUACAAAAGAAUGUGUCUCAAUAUAUACUUAUAUCUCUACAAUCGACAUCCCGUUACCUAAUUGAAACGUUAGUUCCGAGAUUCUUGAAUAGGUUGCACUAUUUUUAGAUGAUAAUUUUAUUGAUCUGGAAUGCAUAUUAUGGGAGAAUCGCAAGUUCAACUUGAUGCUUCAUACAUUACAUAAAAACCCCAA